CAAAAGCCCUCUCAUUAUUAAUCCCUCCAAAAACUCCCAUCCUUCCCAAACAACCCCUCUUUUUCUAUUCCUCCUUCCUUCCUUUUCCUUCCAUUCGCCCAAUUCCUUUCUCUCCCAUGGUUCCACUUUUCUCACCAUGCCUCCUCAGUCCAACUUCUCCCUAUCAAGGUGGUUUGGACUUUUUCAACUUCCAAACUCAAUGCCAGAGAGAUCUGAUAAUGGUAGUGUUAGCGGCGAAGGCAAUGAAGAAAACCCAAUUUCCUACACCGUAGAAUGUUACGCUUGUACUCAAGUCGGUGUUCCAGUUUUUCACUCCACCAGCUGUGACCAAGCUCACCCACCGGAAUGGGAAGCCUCCGCCGGUUCUUCCCUCGUUCCAAUUCAAGCUCGUACGGCCUCCAAACAGAAGAAGACUCAACAGCCUGCCGCGCCUAAUACUCGGCGACCUUCUGGUCCGUUCGGUCGGGUGCUUGAUCCUAGGACCAAGCGAGUGCAAAACUGGAACCGGGCUUUCUUAUUGGCUCGUGCAAUGGCUUUAGCCAUUGAUCCUUUGUUUUUCUAUGCUUUAUCUAUAGGAAGAGGUGGGUCGCCGUGUCUGUACAUGGAUGGGGGCCUCGCUGCCAUCGUAACCGUCCUCCGCACGUGUGUGGACGCCGUGCAUUUGUUCCAUCUUUGGCUUCAGUUCAGACUGGCGUACGUGUCAAGGGAGUCGCUGGUCGUCGGUUGUGGUAAACUCGUGUGGGACGCACGUGCCAUCGCUUCUCAUUACGUUCGUUCCCUCAAAGGUUUCUGGUUUGAUGUCUUUGUGAUUCUGCCGGUUCCUCAGGCAGUAUUUUGGUUAGUUGUACCAAAAUUAAUAAGGGAAGAGCAGAUCAAGAUUAUUAUGACAAUACUGUUAUUAAUCUUCUUGUUCCAAUUCUUGCCAAAGGUUUACCACAUCAUUUGCUUAAUGAGAAGGAUGCAAAAGGUCACCGGUUACAUCUUUGGCACCAUUUGGUGGGGUUUUGGCCUUAAUCUCAUUGCCUACUUCAUAGCCUCUCACGUUGCUGGAGGGUGCUGGUAUGUCCUUGCAAUACAACGGGUAGCCUCAUGUCUGCGGCAACAAUGCGCGAGAAACGAGCAGUGCAAGCUUUCAUUGUCGUGCUCGGAGGAAGUGUGCUACCAAUUCUUAUUUCCAGCUGAGGCAGUGGGAAAUACUUGUGGUGGUAACUCAACCAACGUUAUUGGAAAACCUUUAUGUUUAGAGGUUCAUGGACCAUUCAAUUAUGGGAUAUAUCAGUGGGCUCUCCCUGUUGUUUCUAGCAAUUCUGUUGCUGUUAAGAUCCUUUAUCCCAUCUUUUGGGGCUUAAUGUCUCUCAGCACCUUUGGGAAUGAUCUUGAACCAACAAGUCACUGGUUAGAAGUGAUGUUCAGUAUUUGCAUUGUGCUUGCUGGAUUGAUGCUCUUUACUUUAUUGAUUGGAAACAUUCAGGUAUUCUUGCAUGCUGUCAUGGCGAAGAAGAGGAAAAUGCAGCUGAGAUGUCGAGACAUGGAAUGGUGGAUGAAACGCCGGCAACUACCAUCUCGUUUGAGACAACGAGUCCGCCAUUACGAACGCCAAAAAUGGGCGACCUUGGGCGGAGAAGACGAAAUGGAACUGAUCAAAGACUUACCCGAAGGCCUCCGGAGAGACAUUAAACGCUUCCUUUGCCUUGACCUCAUCAAGAAGGUUCCUUUAUUCCAUAACUUGAAUGAUCUUAUUCUGGAUAACAUCUGUGAUCGAGUUAAGCCGCUCGUAUUCUCUAAAGAUGAAAAGAUAAUUAGAGAAGGUGAUCCAGUACAAAGAAUGGUGUUUGUCGUUCGUGGACGUAUAAAACGUAUCCAAAGCCUUAGCAAAGGCGUGGUUGCCACAAGUUUAAUCGAGUCAGGAGGCUUCCUAGGUGACGAAUUGUUGUCAUGGUGUCUUCGCCGACCAUUUAUCGACCGUCUUCCAGCCUCGUCCGCAACAUUUGUUUGUGUAGAGCCGAUUGAAGCAUUCAGUCUCGACUCAAACCAUCUCAAAUACAUUACAGAUCACUUCAGGUAUAAAUUUGCCAAUGAGAGACUUAAAAGAACAGCAAGAUACUAUUCAUCGAAUUGGCGAACAUGGGCAGCCGUGAAUAUACAACUUGGCUGGCGGCGUUACAGAACGAGGACUCGAGGUCCAAUGAUUUCUGCUGCCGAAAACGGCAACAGCAGCGACCGCCGGUUGCUGCAAUACGCUGCCAUGUUUAUGUCAAUAAGGCCACAUGAUCAUCUAGAAUAAAGAAAAGCCAAUUGCCUUCUGCAAUUCAUUUGGUCAUUAUGUAAUCUGUACUGUCAUUUAAUAAAGUUUUUCAUUCACCAUGGAAA